CGCGUUGGGAAAAAACGAGCGCUACGGAGUACCCGUUAGUGAUGAUGCCGAUAAGGUUGCAUCGAAAUUAUAUGCGCGCUUGCUUGUACCGACGGCAUCUCGGCCCCCGCAGCCAAGAGGGAGCGGAUGCUUACUGAGCCAACAUCAUGAGCCUCCUUGAGAUCGUCGUGAAGCCGACCAUGACCUACGUCACUUGUAUCAUAUCCAUAAGUCACUUGUUCAAUAUUGUGAGUUGGAUUUUGGAUCGAAAAAUAUCAAACAGUCACCUCACAUCUCGGCGGUUGCCUCAUCUCACGACGUUUGAUCGAUCAAACCAUGGCCUGCCAAGCUGGCCAUCCUCAUUUCAUCUUGAACUGUCUACGGCCAGUGAUCUGUCCAAACGAGGCUACACUCAUUCAAUGACAUCCGAGUUGUUCGGAAAUCGCUCCUUUCGGCCAGCUCUGUUGCAUGACUUGUAUCAAUCGAGCGACCUCAUGGCCUCUUUGUUCAUGCGCUCGGGCAGUGCAAUCACAAAAUGUUUCUGCAUUCAAGCAACUGGGGGGAUGCAGGCCAAGAGGCAGUCCUGGCAGUUAGCCGCCGAAGAAACAACUUUACGGCUAAUUGGCCCUACAGCGGUAACAAUGGGCCAAUAGUCUCUCACGCCUGUAACUGUCAUCACAACUUUCGCGCGCGCAACAGGUUCUACCCCUGUCAAUCGCUGUCAGCCAAAAAUAGAAAAACACGAUUAUGCUUCCUAUUGGCUAUUUGAGCAUAUUAGUUGUUCGAUAGCGGGGAUCAACCGACCUAGUGGCCGGGCAUGGAUGUUACCUUGAUGCAACCUCUUCCCGUCUUGUCUACCGCCAACAAAGUUCACAUAUCUCUGGUAGCCUUGUGUGCCAGUCAGGUUCUCCAGCAGCAUAUUGGCGCUCCCAUGCCCCGCCUCCACCACGCUUCAUGUGCGGCACGCUACCAUGUCUGUCGACGCAUCGGCCCACCUAGACGUGGAGUUGGGAUGUGCUACUGCAAGUGUGUGCCGCCCAACUCAUUCUAAGUCCACACUUCGGAUAGCCGCUCCAGCGAGUAUUGGCGAUUCUGGACCAGUUCUCGGGCUUUAAGACCAUGAAAAUCCCCCGGCCAGGAGUCUGGCCACCUUCUUCCGCAUUCUCUUCUUUCUGUCUUCAGCCUUCCGUGCUGUGUCACUUCGCAGAUCUGCAUAGAGGCUUCGUUGAUCGAGGCAUCCUGUCGUUUUCACACACUUAAUACUGACGCCGGUCGUCGACCAGAUCUUACUAUAACGACUAAUACAUAGCCUUGUUAUUGCGUUGAGCCCCCGGGCACGAGUCAGAUAUCGGGAAUAACUGGCAUAUACGCAACAUGGCUGAUACACAAAACCGAUACUACCCCCUGGACUCUUCGCUGGCACGGAAGCACAGGGGGAGACUUAAUCCUAUAAUUGAGGAGGAUAGCGAUGAUGGUAUGGUUCAAAACGGGGGUCGCAGGACAAGACGCACAGGCAAUGCCCAACUCAAGAUUGAGGCAUGGCUAACACCGAUGAGCGACCACUUCCCUACACCAAGAGGAAUGAACUAUCUUUCUGCUCCUAUUCUCCCAUCAUCACCUUCAACCGACUCGGCUGCCGACACUUCACCAACCACAUCCAGUAACCCCUGGAACCGCCAUAGUGUCGCCACCGAGGCCACGGAGUUCGAGGAUCUCUACGAUGUGACUGAUGAUGAAGAGGAUAUGCUCAAGCGAAAAGCGUCUGCUAGGUUGAGGCAGGUCCCUACCAAGCAACCGACCCCGCUUGUCAUUCCAGCAACACGCGAUAACUCUGUUGAGACGUGGUCUGCUGUGGACAAUAUGAAGAAGUCGAUGACUUCUCCAGUUCCUCUGACUCCUUCCGUCAAACUGACGAUGUCACCUGCUCAGAUGGAGUUCAUGCAUGGGCAACAUGCAGCAGAGACACCUACCAUGUCAGCUCCCCCAUCUUUGGAUGGGAGUUUGACUUCUGAACAGCUCGCGGCUAUGAGUGCCCCGCCCACACCCAUAAUCGGAAAUGAGGAUUCAAAUACCGAAGAUGCUUGGGCUGGUGUUCAACUACAACCCGGCGCUCUCGCUACCCUUCAUGCCCUUGCCAGUGGCGAGGAGAACCUCCAUGAACAGCCAUCUCAAGUUCUUGAGGUGCCUGAGCAACAUUCUGUCCAGCCAACUGUUGAGAUGCGACAGCAGCCAUUGCGACUCAUCACCAGCUUCCAGUCGCAGCCAGCUAUCAAUAGGGCCUUCUCUCCUAACCCCAACCGUCAGUCCCUUGCAGACCUGACAAAGCUUGAUAUUCCAUCUCCAGGCGGUUUCUUCUCCGGUCUAUCUCCACGAAGCCGAAACACAUGGCACAUGCCCCCCAAGUCCCCCGAGGAUAUGCCACCACCUACGUCCACCACCGCUGAACAGUUCUACCGGUGUCCCUGGAAUAUGGAUGCUUCGGUUCCCCCUGUCCCUAAGCGUAAGGAGCUCGUUGAGGAUUUUUAUCGCAGUGUCAGGUUUACACCCGCCCCCACUGGGUCCAUCGUUGAGCAAGUCGUUGAGCUGAAGGAGGAGGAUGACUUCUCCGACGAUAUGCCCACUGCCCGACCCGUCUUCGAGCACAAGACUGCUCCCUCUACUAUCGAGUCCGCCAACACCCCAGCUUCACCCCAGGCUGAGGAUGCUCCCACCGAGAUUGUGGUCGACUACGAUCCUGAGUAUGCUCGCAAGCAACAAAAGGAGGCUCUCUCCCAUUUUGAUCGCACUGAACUUUGGCUCAUGGCCCAACGAUCUUACCUUCGUGGUGUCCAGGAUGAGUCAACCGAGGACGAUGGGGGGCUCAACACCAUCACUGAGGAGGCUGAGGAGGAGAUUGAAGCUCCUCAAAUUCAAACUGAACUUCCUCCCCUCAAGGUUCAGCCAGAAACUUCGAUUGUUCCUGUCAAGAAGAGCGUUCGUUUCUCCAGCCUUGUCUCAACUUCUGAUCACCCAAAGCGUCUGCCUUCCAUGCUCGUCCGCCGCGAGUCUGCCUACUAUCGGGCAUUUCAAGACUACAUCAUCCGCAUCCAGCGCCAAGAUGUAUUUGUCCACCAGCUUGCUCGAUUUGAGGCCAUCCAGGCUCAGCGUGUUUCCCUUAAGGAGUCUCACCGCAACCAGCUUCUUGGCAAGUACCAGCUCAGUGUCGUUCCCCAGUCCGCCAAGAAGAGACUCAGCGCCAAUGUUGCUCGUGGCGAUGAUAACAUCAUUGAUGACCCUGAGAAGCUCCGCCGAGAGAAGGAAGUUGAGGCCAUGAACCAAAUGACCGUUGCUGCGUGGCACGUUGCCGCCAUGAAGAUGCUCAACGGUGGUCGCCUCAUUUCUGCUCCAGUGACCAAACGACUGGCUCGUCUUUCUCGCGCAGCCCCUGGACAUGGCAGCACUACUCGCGAGCGCGCUAGAGUCCUUGACUUGGGUGGGCAGACUACCUGCGACUGGGCGUGGCACUGCGCGCUCCAGUACCCCAACACCAAGGUCUACACUGUCACAAACAAGUCCAUUCGUCAACUUUCCAACUGCAAUGUCCGCGGUCCCCCAAACCAUCGACAAGUUGCUGUUGAGAAGUUUUCUCGUCUCCCUUUCCCAGACAACCAUUUCGAUCUCAUUUCUGCCCGAGAGCUUCACAGCAUCCUAAAGCUUUUUGGUGAGAACGGGGAAGACGAGUGGGACACGUGUCUCAAGGAGUGCAUGCGCGUUCUCAAGCCUGGUGGCUAUCUUGAUUUCUCACUCUUGGAUUCAGACAUCAUCAACGCUGGUCCCGUUGGGCUGGCAAAGAGUGUUGAGUUUGGCUUUGCCCUUAAGACCCUUGGUUAUGACCCUAAUCCUACCAAGCUUUGGCUUGGUCGCCUGGCCCGUGCCGGCUUCCAAGACACUCGCCGCAUUUGGAUGUGUCUGCCCAUGGGUGCCAGGCGAAAUAUGUUCAAGCCUCCUAGCCCUCCUUUGAAGGAUAGCCCUAGUGGCCAGGAUGUCAAGACCUGCCAGAUGGACGCCAUGGUUAUGGGAAGCAGUGAUGAUAUUGCUAGCGCUUGCAGCAUUGCUGGUGGCUGGAACUGGGAGCGAUGGCUCCUCCGCUGUGAGAUGGAGAAGGUUGCUGGUGAGCUCCGGCUCGCCGAUACUACUACUACUGGAACUGCCAUGGAGGAGGCUGGCAAGUGUCUGGAUGGCGUUGCUGCCGUGUUCGAGGAGGGCCGAAACUGCAAGUCCGGCUUCCGAAUGCUCAACGGUUAUGCUCAGAAGCCCAAGGCUGGUACUGAGACCAUCAAGAUUGCUCUCUGUGAGUGAUCUGCUAAACAUUGAAGAUUCUCUUUUGUCAACCCGCACUCGCUCGACAUUUUUCAUACAUACCUAGAUGAAGAUUUAUUUUUUUGGGAUUGGAUGUAGGAAAGGACACAAUAACUAAGUAUGAGAGAUGAUGUUGGGAUGCGUGAUGAUUUCACGCGUAAUGGCGAUUCGUUAGGUCAGGUUGCAUGUGCUUGGCGAAUGGGGUAUGGGAUAUAUCAUGUUAUGUGCUUACAGAUACCAUUGUAAAUAGUACAGAACAUGGUGUUGUGAUCCUCUUUGAUGGAAUAAAGGUUUCUUUCGUAUUAAUAUCACUUGAAUAGGAACGAAAACUAUCGAGAGGAGCAAACACAUUUUAAUUAUAUAGCUCAAAAACAAAGACGCAGUGUUGCUCAAUAAGUCAGGCCAAUAUUGAAAGUAUGUGAGAUUGGUCCCGCGAAGCAAUGGACAAUGCGAACUUGUGUCAUCUCAUCAUAAGCCAGGAAAAUAUCUCCUAGUCUAACCUUGGUAGAUUAUAUGAUAAGGGGAAAAUUAAGCAUGAGCUAUCAUAUCCCAAGCUCGUAUUAGGGGUGGAAAAUAGUUCAUAGAAGUUAUAGUGUUCAUGGAUAUUUAGCAUAACACAUGAUUAACUAUGUUGGAUUAUGCCUUCAAGAAGCU